AUGCCCACCGCGUCAAAACCAACUUUGCCUCCCUUUGGUAAUGCUGUGGCCGGAUCAGCCGGUGCCAUGUUCGCAUUGACCAUGGUGUAUCCACUCGACAUCAUUAAAACUCGUAUUCAAGUACAAGCCAAACAUGAAUCGCUUGAUGACAAAGAACAGGAACACUAUUCAUCUGCUUGGGAUGGUAUCAUGCAAAUCAUGCAAAAGGAAGGUGUUGCUGGUUUAUAUGCUGGUUUGGGCAGCUCUCUCCUUGGUACAGCAUCCACCAACUUCACCUACUUUUAUUGCUAUUCGAUGAUCCGUGAACUCUACAACAAACGCUACAACCCUGCAGGAGGCACCUUGUCGACAGCUUUGGAACUUUUGCUUGGUGCUGCUGCUGGUGCUCUUACAACGCUUGUAACAACACCUGUUGCCCUGGUGACCACACGCCAACAAACACUUCCCAGCAACGAACGUCAAUCCGUUUUGCGUACUUGUAUGUCGAUUAUCAAUGAGGAAGGCGUUGGUGGUUUGUGGAAAGGCAUCCAGCCAUCCUUGAUCCUUUGUGUCAACCCAGCUAUCACCUUUGCCAGCUUUGAAAAGAUCAAGGAAUUUGCUCUCAACACACUCAAAUUGAGCAUGACACCAGGUGUUUCAUUUGUUGUGGGUGCUCUCAGCAAAACGCUUGCUACUAUCGUCACCUACCCCUAUAUCAUGGCCAAGGUCCGUUUGCAAUGGAAGCCAUCCAAGGAGAUCCAAGACAAGGUCAAGCCAUACAAGGGAUCCAUUGAUGUAUUGACCCGUGUGUUGCAAAGCGAAGGCUUCUUUGGAUGGUAUAGGGGUAUGGGCGCUCAAAUCUCCAAGGCCGUCUUGUCCCAAGCGUUGCUCUUUAUGAUGAAGGACAUCUUCACAAACUACACUAUCAUGGCUUACGCUUUAUUGCUAAAGGCUUCUCGCAAGGCAUAG